AUGGACGACGAUGCGCCGAUCGCGCUCCUGACCGUGAUACGGCACGCGCAGUCGCGCGCAAAUGUAGAGCGCGUCCUGCAGGGCGUGACCGACGCACCACUCUCGGCAGAGGGCGAGGCGCAGCUCGUCAAGCUCGAGGAGGCGUGGCGUCCGACCGACGCGGCGCGCAACCUGUACGACCUCCCGACGCCGCACCUCGUCGUCGCGAGCCCGAUUGGCCGCGCGCGCAAGACGGCGGCUGCGGUCGUGCGCGGCCUCGGGAUGGAGGUGACCGACGUAGGAGACACAACCUUUCGCUCGCCCAAGGCCGAGGUGCCGGAUACCACGCGGCACACGCACCUCGUCUAUGACUCGGGCCUCUCGGAGCGCAACUUUGGCGCGGCCGAGUGCACCGCCAAGGGGAAGCUCGUAAGCGACUACGAGCGCCCGCCCGCGUCGUUCAUCGGACGCGCGGACUCGAACAAGUCGUUCCACGACAGGGUCAAGUCGGUGAGCUCCAAGUGGCUCGACUGGCUCGUCGCGGUCGCGCAGCGCGAGGGGCUCGCGCGCGACGUCCCUUGCACACAUGAUGUAGACUCGCGCGAGGCGACGCCGGACGAGUGCGCAGCCGUCGCACUCGCGUCCGAGCCACGCGCCGUCGAGGCCAUCGAGGCGCACGUCUUGCCGAAAGAGGAGCUCCCUCGGGCAGCGCAGCACGGCACCGCGCCGGUAGAGGCCGACGCGCCGGCGCCCACGAAGCGCCUGCUCGCCACCGAGGCCGUGCGCGACGUGCCACACCUCGUCCUCGUCUCGCACGGCCAGUGGAUCCACACGUUUUUGCGCCACGCGAUCCCCGAGCUACGCGACACCUUCUAUGUGAAGAGCAACAACACCGCCCUCUUUACGCUCGGCGUACACCUCAACGACGAUGGCACGCCCCGCCUGUCCCUUCUUCGCCAGAACGACACAGCGCACCUCGGCGCCGCACGUCCCAAAAAAGCCAAGACAAAGCAGCGCACGACCCUCGACGCCCUGUGGCGCCCAUAG